AUGCCUGAUACACAACGCUUGAAAAGACCGCCUAUGGUCACUAACGGCUCGUCUUCCUCCUCCUUGGGUCUUAGGCUUCACGGGUCUUCGCCACGACCACCGUUCCUUCGCUCUGGAUCUUCUUCAUCUUCGCUGAGUGGGCUAGAAGAGUCAGUACAGCCCUUUCAGGACUUCAUCAAGCAGACACGAGCCAUCGUCACGGAGAAACCACUGCCGCCGACCGCUAUGGCGCCAUCACGUCCAGUCAACUCAACCGAUUACGCAGAGGACGGGCUCUCAGGAGGAUAUACGUUUGACUCAGACUCAGAGCGGUAUGCAUCCGACCGACGAUCAUCAAGUGUCUACAGCCGAACGCAAAGUCAAUGGAUACCAUACGCGCAUCCGCCACAGAAUGUAGAAACGGAACCAAAUCCUUACCUCCGGGCACUUUCAUAUAACAUGGAUGUUCCACACUUCGACUUCAGAAGUGCGACUCCCGAAUCUCUUGAACCCCGAGAAUGCUUGCCACUCAUCGCCAGCCCCUCUCCCACGCUGAGCGCUGUGAGUACCAUCUCUAGAUCCCAGCCUCCAACUUUCAUGCUGAAUCCACCUGCGGUUCCAGAGCGACCAAAGGUCAGAAUGAUGUCGUUAGACAAAGCUAAUCGGUUGUUCAACGCCCCUGGUGCGAUCCACCUGUUGCCCGAAGAGAUGCGAGCACAAAGCUCCAAGAAAUCUGAAGCUCKGGCACAUCAUCGAAAUCACAGUGGAAACACUUUUGUAUCCCCUAGACCUCCUCCAUUGCCACCUGCUGCUUUCAAUUAUGAAGGAGAGCGAUCGCAGUCGACAUCAACGGGUGCUUCAGUGUCGCCGUUUUCGAGACCUCCACUUGAAUCGGCACAGCAACUUUCAAGCUACAAUGCUUCUACGAAUGCAUAUCAUGUUGGUACGGGUCCUGCUCGGAAUAUGGCUCCCCCUUCUCCUCCAGCACGGUAUCACGAUUCGGGAGAUGACGACGAACGUGGCCGUACAAGGCAAAGAGGUUCUUCAAGCCGCGAAUAUACACCUCCUCAGAGAUUCUUCCUGCACGAUCUGAACCCUCGACCUAUACCCGAGCAGCGAGAAGUUAGUCCCAGACAGGUAUCCGAGUCUAGGAGCUACAACUCUGAAGAUGACGUUAGAGGACAUAUGAAAAUGAUCCCACAGCCCCUUUUCCAGACUAAAUCGCCCACGCAACAUCCAAAACGUAGCAAAACUGGCAUCUACACCCCCGUUGGGUAUUCAUCUUCUCGAAUGCAACGUCAAAGUCAAGAGAGUGCAAGUUCGGCUCGAUCUAGUGGCUUUCCACUUCGUUUGUCUUUGACGCCACCCCCUGGCAGUAAAAGACAUCGACAGAGCAAGAGCAGUACGACUGGAAUGAUUCCCAUUUCACCACCUAGCGAGAACGAUCCCGUGCGAUAUAAUGUCCCACAUCCGAUCAACACAAACCAAACAUCCCCCCCAAAGCCAGUAGUACCUGGGCACGAAGCAAAAAUCUCAUCUCUAUAUCCCAAUCUCUUGGCCCGCAGCAAGAACAAGAAAUCAACCGCAAACGUCAAACACCCAAUAAAGCGGCCCUCUGUAGGUGCGCCCUUACUUCCAGCCGAAGUCAUCGCAGCUGAACUACGUACUCCAGRUACCACACCGCAAACUUCACCUCUGGCUAGUAACAUCCUUCUUGAUGGUUUGAAAAUCACACCAAGCGGUGGUCCUGGUGCUGCUGAAAGCAAAAGACCACCACUCUUUCAACGUUUCAAAGGGGGUAUCACGAAACAAUUACGAAAGAGCUCUAAGCAACAACAACAAGACCCAUCCUCUCCAGAAGAAGAAGAAGCAGAAGAAGAAGAAGGGACUCCUUCCAUAAUAGGAAUAGCCACUCCACAAUCCCCUCAUCUCCUCCCAAGUCCCGUGAAAAAAACCUCGCUUGCGCCAACAACAACAACAACUCAUCAUACAGGCUGGACAGAAACGGCAAAAGCGACUUGGGAUCAAGCUCGUGCGACUGCGUUUCCUCCAAGACGAAAAAUUUCGCUUGCGACUUCACAUGGAGAAGGCGAAGGCGGGCAAGAGCAUGUGACGACUAAACCUACGCUGUUUGGACCUAUUGUGGAGAGUUAUCGUGAGACUCGAGCAAUGAGGAGGAGGGAGGAUCUUAAGAGGAGGAUUAGGGUUGUUAUGCCGCUUGAGGAUGAUGGGGCUGGGGUUUUGGAUGAUGAUGAUAGUGGGAGUGGGAGUGAGGGGGAGGGGGAGGGGGUGGGGGUGGAGAGGAAGAGGCUGAGUGGGUUUAAUUGGAUGUGA